AUAUCAUAAAUUAAAAAAAUUAAAGAAACUGGAAGGGGGAAAUAAUUACUGAUGUUUUUUAGUUUUCUUUGCCGUUCGCUUUUCCCUCCAGUCUCUUCGUUUUCCUUAAAUCGGCCGAGAGGCCUUUUUAAAAUUGUUUACUGGAAGACUGGUCGCUCUGUUCUGUUUGAGGCUGGAGCACCACUUGUGUGGUAAACACAGUGCAGGGGAGUGUAAUACAGUGUUGAGUGCUUGUUGCAGAAAGGAGGGGGAAAUGAAAGAGAGGGGGCAAUCGCAAGUACAAGCAGGGCAGCCGUCAGUGGAUGAGAGAUAUACACAGUGGAAGUCACUGGUGCCCGUUCUUUACGACUGGCUGGCUAAUCAUAACCUAGUCUGGCCUUCUCUCUCCUGCCGAUGGGGGCCUCAAUUACACCAAGCAACUUACAAGAAUAGUCAGCGUUUGUACCUCUCAGAACAGACUGAUGGAAGUGUACCAAAUACAUUAGUAAUUGCAACCUGUGAAGUUGUCAAACCAAGGGUUGCAGCAGCUGAACAUAUAUCUCAGUUUAAUGAAGAGGCACGUUCUCCUUUUGUAAAGAAGUUCAAGACCAUUAUACAUCCUGGUGAGGUCAACAGAAUCCGAGAAUUGCCACAGAACAGCAAAAUUGUUGCUACACAUACAGACAGUCCAGAUGUACUUAUCUGGGAUGUGGAUUCGCAACCAAAUCGCCAAGCUUCCCUUGGGGCAGCAGAUUCUCGUCCAGAUUUGGUUUUGACAGGACAUAAAGAUAAUGCUGAGUUCGCACUGGCUAUGAGUCCAAGUGCACCAUUUGUCCUUUCUGGAGGAAAAGAUAAAUGUGUUUUGCUAUGGAGUAUACAAGACCAUAUUGCUUCUAUAUCUGAACCCUCGUCUUCCAAACAAUCAAAAUCUCUUGCAUCUCAUAGUGAGAAAUCAAAUAGUCCUUCGAUUGGUGCUAGAGGUGUGUAUAAAGGGCAUAAAGAUACGGUUGAGGACGUGCAGUUUUGUCCCUCCAAUGCACAGGAAUUUUGCAGUGUAGGUGAUGAUUCCUGCCUUAUCUUGUGGGAUGCUCGAGCCGGUAAUGAGCCGGCUGUAAAGGUGGAGAAGGCACAUAAUGCUGAUCUUCAUUGUGUGGACUGGAAUCCUCAUGAUGAGAAUCUAAUUUUGACUGGGUCUGCUGAUAAUUCAGUGCGCAUGUUUGACCGUCGAAAUCCUAUAUCCAAUGGAGUUGGCUCACCCGUACAUAAGUUUGAAGGUCACACAGCUUCAGUUCUUUGUGUGCAGUGGUGUCCAGACAAAGCAUCUGUGUUUGGAAGUGCUGCAGAGGAUGGUUACUUGAAUGUGUGGGAUCAUGAGAAGGUUGGAAAAAGUGUUGGUAGAAGAAAUAGUCCACCUGCUCCAUCUGGGUUGUUCUUCCAGCACGCAGGGCACAGGGAUAAGGUGGUUGACUUCCAUUGGAACAGUUUCGAUCCAUGGACCAUUGUUAGUGUAUCUGAUGAUGGUGAAAGUACUGGUGGAGGAGGAACAUUACAGAUUUGGCGAAUGAGUGAUUUGAUUUAUAGACCCGAAGAUGAAGUUUUGGCAGAACUUGAAAAAUUUCGCUCCCACAUUAUUUCUUGUGAAAACAAGUAGAGACAAAACAUGCAUACUCCAGUGCUCUGUUUCACAAGUUAAUGUCUGGAAUGGACACCAAACGAAAAAGCAGACUAAUUUCCUAGAACAUUUGUCUAACUGAAUUUAGCUUUCUUUGGUAAAUAUUUUAACAUGGAUAGUUAUGUAGUCUCUUGAAAGGAUACAAAAAACUGUGUAAUGCAUGGCUAAUAACGAUUUAUCCAAAGUUAUAUAACUAAAUGAUACUUGUGCUUUGUAUGCUUCGUUUACUGUUAUCAACCAAAUAGUUCUUCAAUUCUGAGCUUGUAACAUUCUUAUAUAUCUUGAUAAUAUAUGUUUAUUUGAACUU